GACGCGUGGCUCGCGGUACGUCCGGGUGCAAAGCAGCUCAGAUCGCCCAUUGCUCUUAGCGCAGUGGGACUCAACUGAAUUGUGAGCCGGACGCAACGUGGAGCCAUGAAGGACGACGUCGUCAUCGUCUCCGCCGUUCGCACUCCCAUCGGUUCUCUCAAUGGGAGUCUGUCCACCAUCCCUGCCUACUCUCUGGGCUCCGUGGUGCUCAAGGAGGCUCUGGCUCGUGCCUCCAUGUCCCCGAACGACGUGGGGGAGGUGAUCCUGGGACAGGUACUCACAGCCGGCCAGGGACAGAACCCGGCUAGGCGUGCGAGUCUGUCCGCGGGUCUCCCUGUCUCUGUCCCCGCGUGGGGACUCAACAUGCUGUGUGGCUCCGGUCUCCGCGCCGUCUGCCUGGGGGCCCAGGCCGUGAGGCAGCGGGACGUGGACAUCGUCCUGGCCGGGGGGCAGGAGAGCAUGAGCCAGGCCCCCCAUGCUGUGUACGUGAGGGCGGGGGUGAAGAUGGGAGACGCCACGAUGGUUGACACCAUGACACACGACGGCCUCAUAGACUCCACCCUGCACUACCACAUGGGAGUGACCGCGGAGAACGUGGCGAAGCAGUUCUCGGUGUCUCGCCGUGACCAGGACGACUUUGCGGCGCUGUCCCAGGCGCGCACCGCGGCCUCCGUGCAAUCCGGAGCCUUUACGCGGGAGAUCGCCCCCGUGUCUGUCGUCACGCGCAAGGGGGAGGUUGUCGUGACUCAGGAUGAGUUUCCACGGCCUGGGACGACGGUUGAGAGUCUGGGACGACUCAAGCCGUGCUUCGUCACGGACGGAAGCGGCACCGUGACCGCCGGGAACUCAUCCGGAGUGAACGACGGUGCUGCUGCCGUCUUGUUGAUGACGGAGAGCGAGGCCCAGUCGCGGGGCCUGAAGCCUCUGGCUCGCCUGGUCUCCUGGGCGCAGGCCGGAGUGGAGCCGAGCAUCAUGGGAACAGGGCCCAUCCCAGCCACAACCAAAGCGCUAGCGAAGGCUGGCUGGUCUGUGCAGGACGUGGAUCUGUUUGAGCUGAACGAGGCGUUCGCGGCUCAGUCGCUGGCCGUGAUCCGCAAGCUGGGACUCAACACGGAGAAAGUGAACGUGAGAGGCGGUGCGCUGGCUCUGGGUCACCCAAUCGGUGCGUCUGGGUGCCGCGUGUUGGUGUCGCUUCUCCACUCGCUGAGGGACACGGGCGGUGCCCGGGGGGUGGCGGCGCUGUGCGUGGGCGGUGGCAUGGGCAUCGCGGCGUGCGUGGAGACGGUGGAGACGGCCUGAGACACACACACACCACACACCACCACACGCACCACCACACGCACCACCACACAUGCACCACCACACAUGCACCACCACACACGCACCACCACACACGCACACACACGCACCACCACACACGCACCACCACACACACACUACCACACCACACACACAACAACAACCGCCAUUCGCCACUAAGUGGCGGUGACGUCACCACGACGCUUGUGCCAGGCCAAAUGCACCUUGAGGCCACGUGAAGUGUUGAACGCCCGCUGGCAGGUCACGGGGCAGACCCAGCAGGUGCCACGGGUCGACUGACCGAGAUGACCGAGAUGACUGGCUGAUGCACCACCUGUGCCCCCUACUGUACCAACUUGCUGUGCUUUAGCCACCCGGCGCUCCGCUCGUUGUUGUGAGCGUCGCUCCUCCGCCCUCCGUUGUUGGAGGGCGACUGCCUCCAACUGCCCAGUAGCGUCCUUCACGAGCCUCCUCCACAGAGGCCGAUCUUGACACCGCUGGUACCAGUCAUCGGCAAGUCCACUCAGCUCCACGUACCUGUACCACAUCUCUCCAUCUCUUCUCUAGCCCGUGCCGCCUCCGUUUAGCCCCCUCGAUCCGGCCGAACAAAAGCUGUUUAGGCAUGCGGUGGCUGGGCAUGCGGGCUACAUGACCCAGCCAACGCAGCCUUGCCUGCCGGAGGAGCUCACCAAUGGGACUUUCUCCAGAUCAGUGAGCACCUAUCUAAUUAUCUAAUAAGCACUACCACACACACACUACCACACACAUGCACCACCACACACACGCACCACCACACACACAUGCACCACCACACACAUGCACCACCACACAUGCACCACCACACACGCACCACCACACACACGCAUGCACUCGCACACACACAACAUGCCCACACGCCUUACCCUACCUUUAUCGUACAUUUAUCUAGCGCCCUAACCAAGGCGCUGUACAGUGAACUUACGAUGGCACAAGGCGAGAUGAGACGAGCCGAUGGGAUAUCUGUUAAAUGUGGUGGUGGCGGUGGUGGUGGUGGCGGCGAUGCGUGGAAUAAACGGAGGUGGGAAUGAGACGGAGCGGAUUGAUGCCUGG